UGUCACCAGCCAGUAGAGCCACCACGGAGGAACCAUGUCCGAUAACGAGUUCGACCGGACGCUCGUACCCCAGGAGCAAUCGCUUGACUCCGUACCAUACUCGACCCCGCCGCUGGUGCCACCGGUCGGACCGUCCGAUUCGUCCAUCUCGACCGUUGUUGCCCCGCAUUCCCGCCAUCGGCUGGAACGAUCGGAAGGGACGGAACGGGCGGUGUUGGCGCCGACACCGGAGGCGGUGGUCGUCACCACAGCUGGUGCAUUUGCGCAGCCUCUGCCCGUUUCUCAACACCGGUUGCAACUGUUCCGAUAUCCGAAUGCGUUCACGCGGUACCACCAACAUUUGCCGGCCACAAUCAACAAGCAUGAGCCCAAGCGCGCCUGCACAUCACUUCCGCUUUAUCUGAGCAAGGUGAGUGUACUGGAUGUAUUCGAGGUGCUGGAAGACGACCGCUCGCGGAGUGACCUGUGCUCACUUGUUUCGCGACCUGGUAUGGAGUAUGUGCCAUUGAGGACUCCAGCUGCUGAGACGUAUCACUACCAUCACGUCACUGAUCAAACAAAGUCACUACAGGAUUUGCAGAAUGAAGUCGCCGCUCUACUGGAGUUCCGUGAUCUGGUUAUUGAAACCUUUCCCGAUCUUAAAUCGAAGAUGGCUUCCUCAGCGGCGAACAGCACCCUUACCGGUCUACCAUCGACCUCAUCCCUGGGGAGUCGACGUGAGUGGGAGCCGGGAAUUCGGAUCCGGCGCAAACUAACACAGAAGGAAGUAGGCUGUGCAGAUGUUGUUGGUGGCAGUAGUAUCAGCAAUACCGGUAACACCAGCAGUACGACGAUCAUUCCCGGUACCGGAGAUGGGGGACCAUCGACGAGUGGCGGCAGUGGUAGCGCGGGUACCACCACCUCCAGCGCCUCCGCCAGCAACACCAAUGCGUCCGAUCUAACCCAUCAUCAUGCGCAUCAUCAACAGCAACAUUCGUCGUCCUCGCUGAUCCGCAGCCGUAGCAACUCCCAUAGCGGAAAGAAGGAACCAAAGAGCGGUGAAGGCAACAACGGCAGUGUGAUACAGGAUUCGGGUUUCUCCAACGAAACAUCCUCCUCGAAGGAGACGCACAGUGCGGCAUCCUCCACGAGCGGUGCUGUGCAGGGAACGCUCAUCUUGCCCACGGCAGCCAACCGAUUGACGACGGAUGCCGGAGGUGAACUGUGGAAUCUGCUCGAUGUGAUACAUAGGAAAAGUAGUCGGCUUCGGGAGGAGGUCGAACAGCAUCUGGAGCGGGAGAGACCUAGGGGAACCAAUUUAGCAAUUAGUCAUCAUGCACCGGAACACCAUCAUCACCAGCAUUAUGUGCAGGGUAGUGGAACCGGUGACAACAAUAUCAUCAUUCACCAUAGCAAUCCGGCAGCGACGGCCACGGUGGCGACGGCUGGUACGACCACGCUGGUAGCCAACGUGCCUGUCACGCCAGUCACUAGCACCACCUCCACCACAGUGGUGGUAUCGGCCGGUGCGCCUACUGCCGGUAAAAGUUUCCAGCGGUCGCAUCUGGCAGAAGGGCCGCAGCAACAGCAUGGUGGUCGGUCGGGGAGCGGCACGCUAGCCGACGGUACGGAUCACAAUGUACAAAUACUGCGUAAAGAGCGCGACCGUUUGCUGGACAAGCUGUCAGAGUACGAGGCGGAAAUGAUAGCCGGUCGUAUCCAUUCGGCAAAGAUGCAGGACGAGGUGGAAAAGCUCACGCUGACAAUGCGUGACCUGCAAAAGCAGCUCGCGAUUGCAAACAAUCAAAAGCAGGAGUUGAGCAGCAAACUACAUGAUCUCGCAAAUACGCAAAUUGUAAAUAGAAGUGCGUCUAGUUCACCCGAGACAAUUAAAGCUCGACAGCAGCCUACUGUAUCGCAACAGCAGCAAACAUCACCACAGCUACUGCUUAAGACCAGUGCACGGUACCACAAGGGUAUGCAGGACGAUAUGGAACAGUCCGGUACUGAAUUGUUUCCAAUGGUCGAAGCUGGAGCGGAAGGUGGUGCCGUGGUUGACCCGAGGGCACUCGGGUGGUUAGAUGGGUUCCUUGGUGCGCCCUGGGUGCAGAGGGUGCGCUCGCUCGAUUCGCAGAAGAUUGCCGCCAUUCUGCUCGAGACGAAUAUUGUCGGGCUGCAACGCCACCUGCUGACGGUGACCGUACAGAAUCAGAUAUUACGACAACGGUUGGAUCAAGCGACAGGAUCGCGCACUUUCCUGCAGGAAAAGUUAGAAAAGUCUAAAGAAGACAUAGAUGAUCUACGGUUUCAGCUGAAGGAGAAAUCGAUCGAACUCGAAGGUACAAAGGCUCAACUGCGUGUGAUCGAGUCAAAAACGCCGAACAAGUCAGUACCAUCAUCGGCUGUCGGUAGUCCAGAGCGGGUCAUGGGUACAGCAUCCCCACCACCAGCUUCUACUAUGAUAUCUUCGUCGAGUACUACCCAUCUGCACCAUCACCAACAUCUAGCACAGCUGGCAAUGCGCCUUCAAUCAUCACAGGUAUCGACGCCCUCCAUGAAGGCUAUGACACCUGUCGUGAUGGAUGAUAUCGUGCAACAUCAGCAACUGAACAGUAGUACAGAAUCGACUCAGGAUCAUCCCGAGCGGGACAGUAUAGGUGGUGGUCGUUUGGUACAUCAAAACCCACAACAUCACUACCAUCACCAGCAGCAGCAACAACAGCCCCCAGAAACCCCCCGCCGUCGGCCGUCCAAAAUACCGUUGCCAGGAUCGAAGGGUUCGGCUGCACCGAAGCCACCGACUGGCCGUAACUUUUCGGCUACUCCCACUCCAACCACGCCGACGGCACCUACCCAGCGUCCUCUGGGAGGAGGCGCUUCGUCUGGGCCGCCGUCAAACCGAAGUCUAACGAAGAGCACCGGCAGCCUGUACGUGAAGUCAACCGAUGCGAGCUCGUUCGGUCAGCAAUCGGCGUCCCAGCAGCAACCUCAACAACAACAACCACCGCAGCCGAUGGCACGUACGCGCGAUACUACCAGCACCAGCAGUGGCAGCCUUUACCGGGCGGAUUCUGCACUAAGUUGGCGCACCAGCAAGGAUACACCUUCGCUGGAAAAGUCCCGUUCCUCUUCAAUACCGGUGUCGGCCGGCAAGGGUACAGUUAGUGGGGCACCACCAUCAUCGCCAGCCAGCACGAAGGCGUCCAUCAUGGUGUACGGUGGAGCGGUCUGUUCUUCGCCGCAACCACGCGCCAAGCGCGACAACCUCACCAGCAAGGUAAAGAACUGUGAUUCGCUGUCCCGGUUGCAAUCGGCCCAGGUGUCUACACACGCGGCCACCACCGGUCAGCUGAGCAAGUCCGGCUCCCGGAAGGAGCUUAGUUCCAGCCCGGGUAGCGGCAUCAGUAGCGGGGAGCGAAAGGCAAGUAUCGGCGGUGGAGGUGGGGUAAUGCGAAAUGCCUCGACCGCCUCGAUUGGAUCCACCGGACAAUCGGAUGAGUCGGCAUCGGCGACAGUGACGACGGCAGCCGGCAGCACCGCGACAACCGGCAACAGCAACGUCAAGGCUCGAAGAAACAACACAUUCCGAUUGGCGAAACCGACACUGACACCCCUGACUAUCCCGGACCAUCCACCUACCGUGAGCAUCGUGUCCCCACCGCCCCUUCCAGGCAUUGCUCCCUCACCGGAUACGUAUGCGUCAUCCCUGAAAGCUGUUGGCCGGGUACGAUCGCAAACGGCCACCGGAACUGUCACGCCGCAGCCAACCAGCACCAACACCGUACGUCCCUCGUGCUCUACCUCAGCGUUGUGUGAUAAUAAUGGACCACGGGAUCUGAUUGCCGAGUAUCUGGCGGCAAAGAAUCGUGCCGCAACCACGUUCCAGCAGCCUGCCAUACCACCACCCAUAUUUCACAUGGGCUCAGACCGUCAGCAUUUACUGGUACUGCAGGAUCAGAAGCAGCGGCAGAUCGACGAGCUGGCCUACAAACAUCCGAUCCUGCUGAUGGACGCCUCAGAAGAUGAUGAAGAUGUGGAGCGUGACGGUAAGCGGGUACCAUGCGAACAGGCGGACGAUACAGGCGAGGAGAAGAAUGCUGGACAGGAAUCGUUAAUAGUGCCACGGCCGAAGAUGCAUGCAUUCCAAUCGACAAAGGAGCAGAGAGAAAAUCAGCAGGAUGACGGGCAAAACUGCCGGCUCAUCGGUAAGGUUAAUCCGAACAUAUUGAAAACCUGGGAGCAGCUGUUCGGAGGUAUCGGUAAUACAUGUGCCCAUCAGCGCCGAACAGAUAAAGCACACGCGAAUGUGAGUGGUGAGAACAGCAUCGCUAUCACCGCUACGACCAGUAAGACGGCGGCAAUGACAACGAUGACGUCCGGAGGUAGUGUCGCGUUCAGUAGCAAUAUUGCGUCCGACGUAGGCAGCGACGAUGCGGACGAUCGUCAAAGCUGUCUGCUCUAUUGCCCCCAGCAACAACCCUACCCGUACACGAAUGGCGACGAGUUGUUCGAAUUUAAAGUGAAUCGGCUGGAACAUCCACCAGACCAGUCAUCAUCCUCCCGGCACGCACCGUCCCAGGUAUCGUCCUCCACGACCUGCACCACCGCAACGGCUCGCAACUCAUCCGAUGGUGUUGAUUUCUACGACAGUAUUGAUGCAGCUAGUACCUGCUUGACACCGGCAAUGGACACCACCGUCAAGGAACAGGAAGAAAAAGGCGCUGUAGGAAGCUACAAUGAUUCAGCGGGUGGUGAAGCGUUGGCCGAGCUAACUUCACUCGAUCGGAAGCGCCUGCUGUGGUCAAUUGCGAUUGAGUAGC